AUAACCUGUUGAAAUCCUAAAACUAGUUUGAGAGCAAAAAUGAGCGCAAGUUAAAAAAAAUGCCAUCAAAAUCUGAAGCUGAUUCAAGAAACUUUUACUACAGAACUAUGAUAUUACCAAAGACAACCACACUUUAAAGGAUAAGGAUCGGCCUUUAACUAGUGUAACGGCAAUCAUUACAAAAUUCACAUCUAACUUUAUGACCAAAUCACCGCCAUGGUGUUCAUGCAUGGUUCAUUCAUUUCCAAAGAAGUCAUAGUCAUUUAUGUGUGGCAAGUGAAGAUCAUACACAGACACAAAUACAAACAUACGCCCAUCCAUUGAUCUCCUCACUGGAAAAACACGACUUGUGCUGGGCUGAACUGAGCUGCAGAUUUGAGCAUAAAGUGAAAGAAGGAAUGUUGACAAUAAAAACGAACCCAAAAUGAAUAAAGAAGAGGAAACGCAUGAAGAAAAGAAAGGGUAAGAAGCAAUGGGAAGAGAGUCAUUCGCGGAGUAAUGUGGCUUAAGCCACGCAAGUUGCUGGCUAGUGGUAGUGGUGCUGAUUGACUGAAAUAAAUCGCCACAAAGAGGCAACAAAGCAGCAUUCAAACCUAUUCAUCGGUUGACACGAGCAGCAAGUCGCUACCGCGAGAGGCAGGGGACGGACGGUCUCUCGCAUUGGUAAAAAGCCAAAGAAGUUUCAGGUUCGUGUGGUAAGAGUUACUGCUUUUAUUGCCCAUGGAAGACGAGUGCGAAGACAAAGUGCUUAAGGAAUGGUAAGCCAGAUCUGGAUGGCCAGUCUAAGGUGAGCUCUCGAGUGAAACGGUUUAGUUUUCCCCCACCAAAAACAUCGAAUCAAUUCACAGUUAAUGAAGCAGAAAUAACGGUUUCUUGUAUUCGAACUGUUGUGGCUAAUUAUGCGUGUUUAACUGAAAGGAAUUGGUGUAGGAACUUCGGAAAGAAAAGAGAAUAAAUAAAAAAAAAAUAGUAAACUUAAAAGACUAGAAAAAAAGAUUUAAAUAAUUCCCAGAAAAAAAUAUUCAAAUGAAAUAAAAGUGAAUUUUAAAAAAAAGUUUUUUAAUCAAAGUAUUUAGCAAAAGAAAAAAAAAUAAUCAAUUUUAAAAAAGAAAACUAAUUAAAGAUAUAUUUAAAUUAAAUUCAACAUCAACACUUUUAAAACAUCGAAGAAAAAACGCCUCAAAAAAAAACAUAUCACAAUGGAAUACCGGUGCUCCAGUAGUUUAACAACCAAAAUUCUUGCGCUAUUUUGUAUUAUUGUCUUAAAUUCACAAACAACACAUGCAUCGCUAUGGCCAAGCUUUCAUAAUGAAAAUCAACCUUCAACCAGAUGUAGUGCCGCCAAAGGUUUAAAAUAUCUAUCCGGUGAUGCACUAACGGACCCAAUGGAUUGUCUGGGGCCAAACAAUGCCCCAUAUCCAAGUGCGGCCGUGGCGCGGACAUUUACCAAUUGGAACGGAAAUACACGACGUGGUCGCCAAAGCAAGUUGCCAUCAACAUUAGAUCCCGCCAUUACUACCAGUGCCCUGUUGAGGGCAUACAAUGAAGUAAACAAUGAAGACUUUGACAGUCAUCGAUUUGGACGUUCCUUGAAGCAAACUCAACAGGUUGACCAAUGCAGAAGUACGCCGGCUCGUUUAUGCAAGACACGUUACAAUACCACAGCUCCCAUGUAUGGCGUUAGCUUGACGUCAGGUCAACCGGUUACAAUUGUACAAAAAUUCCCUGAUUUAUUACAGCAGGUCGUCUUCGAAGUAUGCGAGUCUUCGGAGUGUGAUGUGGUCAGAGGCGAAUGUACACAAACUUAUGUGCCUUAUUUGUUUUUGGUCAUACCCCUCGGACCGGUUACACUGACUGGUCAGGACUAUGUUCUGGUGGAGAGUGGUUGUGUCUGUAAGCCCAAAUACUCAACAGGAGCUGCCCAGGAACCCAAUAUGAUACCGUAGUUUUAUUGAAUAGAAAAAGGAGAAACAACACUGUCGAAUAAUUUACAAAUUCUACAAUAAAUUCUAAUGGACGUUCUAAGCUUGUCUCCCCAACUGUGAGAGAGACACGCGUAGAGGUUUUUCUUGGUGCACCAGCUGACUCGAAGAUAAACAAGUUUACUUUUCGCUAGAAUUCCUCUAUUCCUCCUUCCCGAGUGAAAUUAUUUUUGUUUUAAUUUCAUAGAACGUUAAACAGAAACCAUAAAACGAUGUAUGUGUAAAUGAUAUACAUUAUUAUAUUUAAUUGUAAUGACUACAAAAUUAGUUUUAGGUAAUUAAACUUCAAAGCAAAGCAUAACGCCGGAAUCCAACACUCUAUGUUUCGUUAAAUUUGACACUUCUUUUUUAUUAUUAUUAUUUUUUUAAUGCAUGCG